AUGUCUCCCGCCGCUACAAUCCCUCCCAUCACCAUCACCGACGCCGACCAGGAUGGCCUCUUCUCUCAAGACCUCAUCUCCGAGGUUGUCUCGGCCACCCUACCGGAGGGCUAUAAGCUGCGAGCCCUUCGUCGCACCGAUUACAACUCUGGCUUCCUCGACUGCCUCCGCGUGCUGACCACGGUCGGCGAUGUCAGCGAGGAGAAGUUCCAGAAGCAGUUCGACAACAUGCUGGCUCAGGACAGCUACUACAUCAUAUGCAUCGAGGACACUUCCCGAGAGAAGAACUCUGUCGUAGCUACCGGCGCCUUGAUCGUCGAGCACAAAUUCAUCCACAGCCUGGGCAAAGUCGGCCACAUCGAAGACAUCGCCGUCGCCAAGGACCAGCAGGGCAAGAAGCUCGGCCUCCGCCUGAUCCAGGCCCUCGAUCACGUCGCUGAGAAGAUUGGCUGCUACAAGAGCAUCCUCGACUGCAGCGACGCCAACGAAGGCUUCUACGUCAAGUGCGGAUUCCGACGAGCUGGCCUUCAGAUGGCCCACUACUACGAGGGAGGCAAAAGUAAACACUAA